CGGAGGCGCACAGCGUGGGGGCAGUGAAGAGACGUCGUCGUCGGAAGGCAGAAAAAGCCCCAGGUGCUGCCGUUGCUGGUUCGAGUCGGACUGGUGGCCCGCCGCGUAGCGCGUUUGCCGGGGUCCGGGACGGAGCUCGGAGCUCGGGGCUCGCUCGCCGCCCCCGCCCGCCCCGCGGAGAUGGAGCCGACCACCGCGCCGGCCCCGGGCCCGCGCCCGGCGCUGCCCCUCGGGGGCCCCGGCCCGCUGGGCGAGUUCCUGCCGCCCCCCGAGUGUCCGGUCUUCGAGCCCAGCUGGGAGGAGUUCGCGGACCCCUUCGCCUUCAUCCACAAGAUCCGGCCCAUCGCCGAGCAGACCGGGAUCUGCAAGGUGCGGCCGCCGCCGGACUGGCAGCCACCAUUUGCAUGUGAUGUUGAUAAACUUCACUUUACUCCACGUAUCCAGAGGCUGAAUGAAUUGGAGGCUCAAACUCGUGUAAAGUUGAAUUUCCUGGACCAGAUUGCAAAGUACUGGGAGUUACAGGGGAGCACUCUGAAAAUUCCGCAUGUAGAGAGGAAGAUCUUGGACCUGUUCCAGCUAAAUAAGUUAGUUGCAGAAGAAGGUGGAUUUGCAGUUGUUUGCAAGGAUAGAAAGUGGACCAAAAUUGCCACCAAGAUGGGGUUUGCUCCUGGCAAAGCUGUGGGCUCACACAUCAGAGGACAUUAUGAGCGAAUCCUUAACCCCUACAACUUAUUCCUAUCUGGAGACAGUUUGAGGUGUCUGCAGAAGCCCAAUUUGAGCACAGACACCAAGGACAAGGAAUACAAGCCCCAUGAUAUUCCCCAGAGGCAGUCUGUGCAGCCCUCGGAAACCUGUCCUCCCGCCCGACGAGCAAAACGCAUGAGAGCAGAGGCCAUGAAUAUUAAAAUAGAACCAGAAGAGACAACAGAAUCCAGGACUCAUAAUCUGAGACGCCGAAUGGGUUGUUCAACUCCAAAGUAUGAAAGUGACAAAGAAAUGAAAAGCAACAUCAAGCAAGAACCCAUUGAAAAGAAAGACUAUACGUUAGAGAGUGAGAAGGAAAAGCCGAAGAGUCGAUCUAAAAAAACCACCAAUGCUGUGGACCUGUAUGUCUGCCUCCUGUGUGGCAGUGGCAAUGACGAGGACCGGCUUCUCCUGUGUGACGGCUGUGAUGACAGCUACCACACCUUUUGCUUGGUCCCACCGCUCCACGACGUUCCUAAGGGAGACUGGAGGUGUCCUAAGUGUUUGGCUCAGGAAUGCAGUAAGCCACAAGAAGCAUUUGGCUUUGAGCAAGCAGCCAGGGACUAUACUCUUCGGACUUUUGGAGAAAUGGCAGAUGCAUUCAAAUCUGAUUACUUCAACAUGCCAGUUCAUAUGGUUCCCACAGAACUGGUUGAAAAAGAGUUUUGGCGGUUGGUAAGCACCAUCGAAGAGGAUGUCACAGUGGAAUAUGGAGCUGAUAUUGCUUCAAAGGAGUUUGGCAGUGGCUUUCCUGUCCGAGAUGGGAAAGUCAAAACUUCUCCUGAGGAAGAGGAAUAUCUUGAUAGUGGCUGGAAUCUGAACAACAUGCCUGUGAUGGAGCAGUCUGUCCUUGCCCACAUCACUGCUGAUAUAUGUGGCAUGAAACUCCCUUGGCUGUAUGUGGGAAUGUGCUUUUCUUCCUUCUGUUGGCACAUUGAAGACCACUGGAGCUACUCAAUCAACUACCUGCACUGGGGUGAACCAAAAACCUGGUAUGGAGUCCCAGGGUAUGCUGCGGAACAGCUGGAAAAUGUAAUGAAGAAGCUAGCUCCAGAGCUCUUUGUCUCCCAGCCAGAUCUCCUCCAUCAACUGGUGACCAUCAUGAACCCCAACACACUGAUGACUCACGAAGUGCCUGUUUAUCGAACCAAUCAGUGUGCUGGGGAGUUUGUGAUUACAUUUCCAAGAGCCUACCACAGUGGUUUUAACCAAGGCUUUAAUUUUGCUGAGGCUGUUAACUUCUGCACUGUUGAUUGGCUACCAUUGGGCCGGCAGUGUGUGGAGCACUACCGCCUGCUCCACCGCUACUGUGUGUUCUCUCACGAUGAGAUGAUAUGCAAGAUGGCUUCUAAGGCCGAUGUGCUUGAUGUUGUUGUGGCCUCCACCGUUCAGAAGGACAUGGCCAUUAUGAUUGAGGAUGAGAAAGCUUUACGGGAAACUGUCCGGAAAUUGGGAGUAAUUGAUUCUGAAAGAAUGGACUUUGAGCUACUGCCAGAUGAUGAGCGACAGUGUAUAAAAUGCAAAACGACUUGCUUCAUGUCUGCUAUCUCCUGUUCUUGCAAACCUGGCUUACUUGUUUGCUUACAUCAUGUAAAAGAAUUAUGUUCCUGUCCUCCUUAUAAAUAUAAACUGAGGUACAGAUACACUCUGGACGAUCUCUACCCCAUGAUGAAUGCAUUGAAACUUCGAGCAGAAUCUUACAAUGAAUGGGCCUUGAAUGUGAAUGAAGCUUUGGAGGCCAAGAUCAACAAGAAGAAAAGCCUGGUCAGCUUUAAGGCUUUAAUUGAAGAGUCAGAAAUGAAGAAAUUUCCAGACAACGACCUAUUGCGUCACCUUCGCUUAGUUACACAGGAUGCAGAGAAGUGUGCGUCUGUUGCCCAGCAGUUGCUUAAUGGCAAAAGGCAAACGAGAUACCGAUCUGGUGGAGGAAAAUCCCCCAAUCAGCUGACAGUGAAUGAACUCCGACAGUUUGUGACUCAGUUGUAUGCUCUUCCGUGUGUUCUCAGUCAGACACCGUUGCUAAAGGAUCUGUUGAACCGUGUAGAAGAUUUCCAACAGCAUAGUCAGAAGCUCCUCUUGGAGGAAAUGCCCAGUGCUGCCGAGCUGCAGGACUUGCUAGACGUCAGCUUUGAGUUUGAUGUUGAACUUCCACAGCUUGCUGAGAUGCGUGUCCGUCUGGAACAGGCUCGGUGGCUAGAAGAGGUGCAGCAAGCUUGCCUAGACCCCAGCUCCCUUACUUUGGAUGAUAUGAGACGUCUCAUAGACCUGGGGGUUGGGCUGGCCCCCUAUUCAGCAGUGGAAAAAGCUAUGGCCCGGCUGCAAGAGCUGCUUACUGUGUCAGAGCACUGGGACGACAAAGCCAAGAGUCUUCUCAAGGCCAGACCCCGGCACUCAUUGAGCAGCCUUGCCACAGCAGUAAAGGAGAUUGAGGAGAUCCCUGCCUACCUCCCCAAUGGGGCAGUCCUGAAGGAUUCAGUGCAGAGAGCCCGGGACUGGCUGCAGGAUGCAGAGGCACUGCAGGCUGGAGGACGGGUGCCAGUGUUAGACACACUUGUGGAACUUGUUGCAAGAGGCCGAGCAAUCCCAGUACAUCUGAAUUCUCUGCCAAGGCUGGAAUUAUUGGUAGCUGAAGUCCACGUUUGGAAAGAAUGUGCCGCGAAUACAUUCUUGACUGAGAAUUCUCCAUAUUCUCUCUUAGAGGUGCUGUGUCCUCGUUGUGAUAUUGGCCUUUUGGGAUUGAAAAGAAAGCAGAGAAAGUUAAAAGAGCCCUUGCCAAAUGGGAAGAAGAAAAGCACCAAAUUAGAGAGUCUGAGUGACCUGGAGAGAGCUUUAAUGGAAAGCAAAGAGACUGCUUCAGCUAUGGCAGCGCUCGGGGAGGCUCGCCUGAAGGAAAUGGAGGCUCUGCAGUCGCUCAGGCUUGCCAACGAAGGGAAGCUGCUCUCGCCUGCCCAAGACGUGGAGGUGAAAGUGUGUCUGUGUCAGAAGGCCCCGGCCACUCCGAUGAUCCAGUGUGAACUCUGCCGAGAUGCUUUCCACACAAGUUGUGUGGCGGCGCCCAGCACCCUGCAAAGCCCCCGCAUCUGGCUUUGUCCCCAUUGUCGGCGGUCGGAGAAGCCCCCAUUAGAGAAAAUCCUGCCCCUGCUGGCCUCCCUGCAGCGCAUCCGAGUCCGCCUCCCCGAGGGAGAUGCACUUCGGUACAUGAUCGAAAGAACCGUGAACUGGCAGCGCAGAGCCCAGCAGCUGCUUUCGUCAGGGAAUCUCAGAUUUGUGCCGGACCGUGUGGGCUCAGGACUGUUGUACAGCAGAUGGCAGGCCUCCGCAGGACAGGGAUCAGAGACCAACAAGGUUUCUCAACCUCCUGGCACAACGUCCUUUUCCUUGCCUGAAGAUUGGGACAACAGAACCUCAUAUUUACACUCUCCCUUCUCCACUGGACAGAGUUGUGUCCCCCUCCACGGCAUCAGUCCAGAAGUGAAUGAGCUGUUGAUGGAAGCCCAGCUGCUCCAGGUAUCCCUUCCUGAAAUUCAGGAACUUUACCAGACUUUACUUGCAAAGCCAAGCCCUGCUCAGCAAGCUGACCACAGCUCACCUGUUAGACCCAGCAAUGAGAAGAACGACUGCUGCCGAGGGAAACGUGAGGGAACUGCCAGUCUCGAGAGAAAACUGAAGAGACGCCUGGAAAGAGAAGAUCUCUCCAGUGAGCCCUGGGAGCGAGUGAAAAAAACGCGGACCCCCAAAAAGAAGAAAAUCAAACUGAGCCACCCCAAGGACAUGAACAAUUUCAAAUUAGAGAGAGAGCGUAGCUAUGAAUUAGUCCGUUCUACUGAAACUCAUUCCCUGGCCUCAGACACAUCCUAUUCUGAGCAGGAGGACUCUGAGGACGAAGAUGCCAUCUGCCCCGCGGUGAGCUGCCUGCAGCCAGAAGGAGACGAGGUGGACUGGGUCCAGUGUGAUGGCAGCUGCAAUCGGUGGUUUCACCAGGUCUGUGUUGGUGUUUCUCCAGAGAUGGCAGAGAAGGAAGACUACGUCUGUGUGCGCUGCACUGGGAAGGACGCCCCAAGCCGAAAGUAAAAACAAAACAAAUGCCCCCCAGGGUAAUUCAGGACUCCAGCCAGGAGGAUCUCCUCAGAUCUCAGCAAAGCUACAGGACUGGUGCUAGGCCAGCCUGUACACGGUGCUAUUUCUAUUCCUACGGGAUCAUUUUUCCAGAACUCUUUGAAAAAAAGAAAAAAAAAAACAACUAAAAAAUUUUUGACACUUUUUGUAUUUUUUCCUUGAGAGCUGUUUGUGGUGUUGGGUGACACGCAGAUGUUUCGGAAGGGUCUGUCUCGUCCGUUGGGAAGGCAUCGGAGCCAGCGCCUUUUCCUGUACAGCGCUGAGGAGGUGCCUCCGUGUGGGGUUUACCGGCCUACGAGUCCAACUCGCCAGAGGGGCCCCAGAAACUCCAGUAACCCCUCGUUGGAGGAAUCUUUCUCAUUUACUCUGUUACUACAUCGGGGAUUUUAAGUUGUUCACUUUUGGGGGUUUUGUUUGUUUCUUUCUUUAUCCACUUUUCUUUUCUCUGGUAGACUUAGGUUUAUUUAUCUGAGCAAUAACUUCUAUGUUGGUUUCAGUGGCUGGAAUUAAAACAAAAACAAAACAAACUCCCGAACAGUGUGUUGGUGCUUUAGCCUGGGCUCAUGGACAGAAGGCAGAUGUCUAGUUUCUGGUGUCACUGAUGCACUGUGACGUAAAGAGGAUGGACUGAGCUGUAAGUCAUCGCCACGGCUGUAUUUUGGCUUUUGCCCUGCCCAUUUCUUCCUCUCCUACUUUUUUGGUAGCUUGUAUCAAAUGUUGCGUUUAUAUUGUGGAAUAAAUCCUUGGUCCUAAUA